CGGAUCUGCUAUUGCAAUCUCUCAGUCAUUUACAAGAAUCACAGCUCAUUCACUUCAUCACUUCAUUCAAUAUCAUGUCCGGGUCGACUUACUUCGCGAGGUCGCACGUGCAGAGGACGUUCGAACAACUUAUGAAUGUGCUCCCAUCGCAGCUGAAGGAGAAGCCCCAAGUCAUUCUUCUUGCAGGAGGAAACACACCCUUCCGAAAUGACACAGAUCGCGAGCUACCAUUUCGCCAAGAGUCCAAUUUUUACUACCUCACAGGAUGCUCUGUGCCUGGAUCAUUCCUUCUUGCUCUGUAUCAGCCUGAACAGACAAGUUCUUCUACAAGGCUGAGCGUCAGGCUGUCCAUCCCGGAAGUACAGGCCGCCGACCUUAUGUGGAGUGUUCCUCCACCCACGAUCAAGGAAGCGAAGCAGUUGUUCGAUGUAACCGAUAUUUCGUAUAGCUCAGAGCUACAAGGUGCAAUCACAUUACUCCUCCAGUCACAUCCCGAAGCUGUCUUCCAUACCCUGCCACGCAACUCGCCUCAAUUUCCCACCUUGCCCGAGGAGUACAUGGUGACUAUUGUUACAUCAGAGACCCACACCGCAACGGAUGCGUACUUACUCUCUUCCUUGCACAAAACACGAUUGGUCAAGGAUGAGAAUGAGAUCACAAUGCUCCGACGCGCAAAUGAUAUCAGCUCCAGGGCGCAUGAGACCGUUAUGCGCGUUUUGGGCAACGCAGUACAGGGUAAGAUUGCUCAGGGAGAAGGUGCAGGCAUUGAUCGUCCACUUCUUCCCGGGGAGUGGCUGAUUGAGAAAGAGGCGGAGGCGGAGGCAAUCUUUGUUGCGUCAUGCCGACGUGAAGGGGCCGUUCAUCAGGCAUAUCUCCCUAUUGUUGCUGCCUCCAGGAGAGCCGCUACAUUACACUACUGCUGUAAUGACCGAGAGUUUACCUGGGGACCUGUAAAGCCACAGGAUCAUUUGAACCACGGUGCCUUGGCACACGGUCCUGCACCCGAAAAGCAGUUAGAUCCUCAGCUACUCCUUAUCGACGCAGGAUGUGAAUGGGAUUGCUAUUCUGCGGACAUUACACGCACGAUGCCUGUUGGCAACGGUGGAAAGUUUACUGAGAAAGGGAAGCAAAUAUACUCUCUUGUGUUGGAAAUGCAGCAGAAAUCGAUGAAAAAGCUCAGACCUGGUGUCCACUGGGAUACCAUCCAGCUGCUCUGUCAUCAGAUUCUCGUGGAAGGGUUCCUCAACAUCGGACUCUUCAAAGGCCCCAAAGACGAGAUUCUGCGCUCUGGAAUUAGCUCGGCCUUUUUCCCUCAUGGAGUCGGGCAUUCGCUCGGGAUGGAUGUACACGAUGUCCCAAGUGCAAGCAAACCAACCAACAACACGACCAUUCCACAAGAUAAAGUCGGCCACCCCAGUUUUUACACGUACCUGCGGCUCCGGUUGCCGCUUGCAGAAGGCAUGGUUGUGACCGUUGAGCCGGGGAUCUACUUCCAUGAACAUCUACUCAAAGCUGUAGAGGAGUCGGAGUAUGUGAACCACGACUUGUUGAAGGAGUACCGCGGAAUGGGCGGCGUGCGCAUUGAGGACGAUAUAUUGAUCACUUCAGAUGGGUGCGAGAACCUGACCAAGGUUAGGAGUGAUGUUGAAUGGCUGGAGUCGGUGUGCUCUGGGGAGAUUUGAAUGUAGAGAAUUGUUUGUAAGGUAUUCGCUGUGGAUGAUGAUGUCAAUGAAAAUCGGUGGAAACACACUAAUGCUGAAUGUUUAACAGGAAUUGAGAUGACAUGUAG